CAAUCCGGCAACCACCCCGCAUGGCAGCCGCACACCCUCGCCGCCUGCUGGAAAAGAUUCCUUGCCACCUCGCGCCUCUCACCAUCGAGGACGGCGGGAACGGAGGCGCCGUGCUUGAUUCAGCGUGUGUGUGCGUGAGCACCACCGAUUCGUUGACUUGCAGAAGGCCUGCAGCGCGUGGCGGCACACAUGGCAGGCAGCGCGUGACGCCAACCGCAAGCAACGCUCAGUGGAGGAGCUCCGGCAGGAGGGCAGCGAAAUCCAUACCGGAUCCAAUGUGGGACUCAGUUGGGGUACGAGAUGACGCGCGGAGCUGGGAGAAGACGGGCGCCAACGACGGGUUCGGCGACAGUCAGGGAAGUCAUUCAUUUGUCAUGCCAUGGAAGUAUGGUUUGAAGUUUCUUGUUGUCAAGACUUUUUUUCAACAUCUAUGAGGUGGCAAGCAAAGUUAUGGUAACUGUAGUUCUAUCAGGUAUAAUGUGAAACGUAGGUCCAUCAUCUCAUCAUCCUUUACGCCCUUUCUUUCCCUAAUAUUUUACAGCAAACCAAUGGAUCAGCUAACCAGAGGCUUAGUAUGUGGUAUACUGCAUAAAUAUCUAGCUUGGUAGAAAACAUGGUCAGUAGAGCGUUUUCUAACCAUGCACUAGCAGUGCCCACUCCAUGCUACUGUUAUGUACACAGACGAGAAGUUUGUUUGAGAAAGAGUAUGCUUGCUGCCUUUCAUGUAAUAUCAUAUGUUUCUGUUUCCUAUGAGAAACUGACAGUUCACGUCUCUAACUACUACUGCUUUAUAGUUUUGCACAAAAGCUUUUGUAACCAUGAUGCUGAUAUACCUAUUAUUGGUACUUCAUGUGCUACUACAUUAGUAGGGAGAUUUUUAUCUUCUUCCACAUUAAGUCAAUAUUUAGUAACGGAGUUC